ACAGAGGAAAGAUUUUUUUUUUUAUCACCGACACUCUCUACCCCUGUAGUCGACAACAGUGCUCUACCGGCGGUUGGAGGAGCCAGGUAGACCCGUCGGGCGACUGGUAACCUUGGAGGCACGCCAAACCACCCAGGAGGAGGGAAGAGGGGUGGAAGGAUGACUGUUUCCCUGAUCUGACAGAAGACAUUUAUUCGGUGAAUGAGCGGAGGGCACAGUAUUGACGCAAUACCGCAGGUGAGUAACCAUGGAAUCCACACACCUCCUGGACGGCUCCAAGAAACGGGUGAAGAUCCACCCUCACACCGUCACCGCCAAGUACGCCCCACACACACCCCACACACACACACACUUCCCCCAGCCCGGAGACGAGGGGUACGAUGACGCGCCCUCCUUCGAGGACUUCGGCUCCUUCCUGGAGGAGACCUCGGACAAGAAACAGCUGACAGGAGCCAGGAAGUGGACAGGAAAGGCCGGCGCUCUGUUUGGAGGGAAGGACAAAAAUAAAGACACACCCCCUAGACCUCCCAUGGGGGGAGGGGAGGGGGGGGUGGAGGGAGGAGGGAAGGGUGCAGGGGGGGGAGUAGGGGAGCAGCUAGCGAGUUUCAGCGAAGCGUCUGUCUCUGCUUCUCGGCUCACGUGGGCCAGUGUGGUCUUGGCGGGGCUGGCUCACGGCUGUGUGUGUGUUCUGACGCGCCUGGCCGCCUCACGCUUUAACCUCCCACCCUUAACUCUCCUCUUGGUACGAUCCAUCCUCCAGCUGCUCUAUGGGACUGUACCAAUGAAACGGGCGGAGACGGCCUUUGGCUCAAAGGGCUAUCGGCGGAAGCUGCUCCUGUACGGUCUGACUCACUCCUUCUCCCUCUGCUGCGCUUACUCGUCCUUAUCUUUCGUCUCCCUCGGCGACGACGAAGCCAUGUUGACAACCUGGCGCCUGGCGACCACCGUCCUAUCGGCCACUCUGGCGUUGUUGCUCCUGGACGAGCGGCUGGGAUUGGUGGACCUGGUCACCGUAGCGACAGGCGUGUUAGGACUGGGUCUGGCGCUCGUUCCUAACCCAACAGGGCUGGAUGAGAACAACAAUGGGACCGGGUCAGGAAUGCCCAAUGGGGGGAUACCCAAUGGGGGGACACCCAAUGGGGGGAUACCCAAUGGGGGGACACCCAAUGGGGCGACACCGGCACAACAAUCGGCCCAGUUCUGGCGGGAAGCGUUUGGUUGGUCCCUGACUGUUCUCGCAGGACUAUGGAUGUCUCUGGCUCUAGUCAUGUACCGCUCUCUGAAGGAGCGGGUCAGUGUCGGCACAGCUCUGUUCACUGUCAGUUGGACCGGCUGUCUGAGCACCGCAGUCUCCAUGCUUCUCCUCCGACAGGGGCCAGUGUGGCCGGCCAGUCUCCAGGCUUGGUGCAUCGUCCUGGGGGUAGCUGUGUGCUCUGCUGGGGGGUUCGUGGGGGUGACCCAUGGCCUCACCCGACUUCACCCAGCUUUGGUGUCAGCUACACAGGGUCUGGAAGUACCGGUCGCUAUGGUGCUGGAGAUCGCUGUUGUGCCAUUGGUUCCCUCAGUGUGUGAGGUCAUAGGGGGUGUGGUGGUGGUGGUGAGCGUGGGUUGGCUUGUUACAGUGAAGCUCCUCCCCUCUCGAGGAAGUGGGAGGAAACAGAGAGAAGAGUACGAAGAGAUCCUGGACUCGCCAAUUAAAUAACACACACACACACAUGCACACGCACACACACACACAAAAGCACAUGCAAGGGGGACAUGCUCGCACAAAGAUUCUGGACUUGCCAAUCAAAUAGACCACUCCCCUUCUAUCUAUGUUUCUGUCUAUCUCUCUUUUCCCAGGGGUUUUGUGCUCUCUCUCUCUCUCUCUCUCUCUCUCUCUCUCUCUCUCUCUCUCUCCCGCUCUCUCUCUCGCUCGCUCGCUCUCCCCCCCUCUCUCUCUUGCCCUCGCUCUCUCUUUCUGAGGUCAGUAUGUUUUUAAGAGGACUCUAUGGUGAAUGUUAAUGCUUGAGCUAAAAUAGCUGUCUUUAACCACAGAUCCAGAAUCAGAUACACCAACUCCAAUCCUUACCUUAACCAUUAGGAGGUGUCAAAAUAUCUGACCCUGUAUCAGUGGUUAGGGAAAACAUCUACCUACUCCAAUGUGAAUAGUAAAUAUAUCUAUUUUGUAUUGCAGUUGUUGUAAAGUUCCAAUACUGUGGUGUCUUACUGGCUAUUGUGAUAGUGUGAUGUCAUAUUAAAACCUCUGUGUUACUGUGAUUUGCUCUCUC